AAAACUGGAACUGCACAUCAAAUAAAAGUAAAGGAUUUAGUGGUAGACGCAAAUCUGUCAAGCAAGAGGGAAAAUCCAUUUGGGGAAAUGGCGGCAAGCGUCGCAUCUAGAGAGAUGCCUUCGGAAACCGUCGCAAAGGUCAACGGAAUCAUCAUGAGCGCCGGCGAUAGCUUCGUACUUCCGGCGAAGUACGAAGGUGAGGGAGUCCACUCCGAUUUGAUCCGCAGCCUGCUCAAAGUUCAACAUAUCCAUCGCGGCCGUGUAACCUGCAUCUUCACCGUCAAACCAUACGUUUGCAACAGGUAUAACACUUUACAUGGAGGAGCAGUUGGAUCAAUAGCAGAGAUUGUGGCCAUAGCUUGUGCAAGAACUGUUGUCCACAAAGAUAAAGAGCUUUUUCUUGGUGAAUUGAGCGUCUCUUAUCUAGCUGCUGCUGUGAACCAAGCAGAAGUGAUGAUUGAUGCAUCUGUGGUGAGGAGUGGAAGGAAUCUGACAGUAGUUGCUAUAGAGUUCAAGCUAAAGGAUAAGGAAAUAUUGACUUACUUGUGUCGUGCUACCUUCUAUAACAUGCCUCUUGCAAGCCUAUGAGGAAUAUUACACGUACGUUCUUUUAUAAUAAGGUUUUCUAUAUAGCCUUGUACAAACAAAGAGGAGGGAGGGAAUCUAUAACAAUGGAUGUGUGAGCGUGUGAAAAUACCAAAAUGCCCUCAUGUUACUUACAUGUGCAAGGCAUAUGAGGAGGAGUUAAAUGGAAGCCACAUAAAGGCAGUUGGGGAUGGGGUGAGGGAUGAAGAGUGCAAAUCUAGUUUGGAUUAGGGAC